CCUCCCAAGCCCUCAAAUUUCAGUUCUAACGGACACAACUACUCCAAAGGAGAGGAGGUACCAUGGCAAGAUUGGUGGUGGUGCAGCAAAAACAACCUUCUUUCUCUCUCCUCCCUUCUUCUCUCUCUGAAUUCACUGGCAUCAGAUUAAACACCUCAAUUCAGUAUAGAAGAAAAGCAUGGAAGCCAAAAGGAGCAUUAAAUGUUACCGCAUCAAGCGAAAAGAAAAUCCUCAUAAUGGGAGGCACCCGAUUCAUUGGUUUGUUUUUGUCAAGACUUCUUGUCAAAGAGGGCCAUCAGGUGACUCUAUUUACAAGAGGAAAAGCUCCCAUCACCCAACAAUUGCCUGGUGAAUCAGACAAGGAUUAUGCUGAUUUUUCUUCCAAGAUUUUGCACUUGAAAGGAGACAGGAAGGACUUUGAAUUUGUGAAAAGCAGUCUCUCAGCUGAAGGCUUUGAUGUUGUUUAUGAUAUAAAUGGACGAGAGGCAGAUGAAGUGGAACCCAUAUUGGAUGCACUACCAAAGCUAGAACAGUACAUAUACUGCUCUUCAGCUGGUGUUUAUCUUAAAUCCGAUCUUUUACCCCAUUGUGAGAUUGAUGCAGUUGAUCCAAAGAGUAGGCACAAGGGAAAGCUUAACACAGAGAGCUUGUUGGAAUCAAGGGAUGUUAAUUGGACUUCUCUGAGGCCAGUCUAUAUCUAUGGGCCAUUGAACUACAACCCUGUUGAAGAGUGGUUCUUCCAUCGGUUGAAAGCAGGUCGCCCAAUUCCGGUCCCCAACUCAGGGAUACAAAUAACGCAACUUGGUCAUGUAAAGGAUUUGGCAAAGGCUUUCAUUCAGGUUCUUGGUAAUGAAAAAGCCAUCAAGCAAGUAUUCAACAUCUCAGGAGAAAGAUAUGUCACUUUUGAUGGGUUAGCAAGGGCGUGUGCCAAGGCAGCAGGAUUCCCAGAGCCCGAGAUUAUUCACUACAACCCAAAGGAGUUCGAUUUUGGGAAAAAGAAAGCAUUUCCCUUCCGGGACCAGCACUUCUUUGCAUCUGUUGAAAAGGCGAAGAGUGUGCUUGGGUGGAAACCGGAAUUCGACUUGGUGGAAGGUCUUGCGGACUCCUACAACCUAGACUUCGGUAGGGGAACAUUCAGGAAAGAGGCUGAUUUCUCCACAGAUGACAUUAUUCUAGGCAAGAGUCUUGUUCUCCAGAGCUAAGCCAUUUAUUUUCUCUUCAUUUCUUACCUUCUUUUUCCAUUUUCUUUUUUCCUUUUCCUUUCCUUGACCUCAAAAGUCUAUUAGAAAUUAAUGGUUCCUGGUUUGAUAAUGUAGCCCAGUUUCCAAAAUAGAAAGAUGGGAAAUCUUUCAUGUUGUUAAUUUAUUUGAGAAUGGAAUUAAUGGGGAAAAAAAUUGCAUUUUCA